AUGGCCGUGUCCACCCUGUCUGUCUGCUCCAGCGCCCUGAGCUGGCAGCGGCUCUGCCUGCCUGGUCCCUGUGACUCCUGCACCGGCUCCUGCUGGCAGGUGGACGACUGCCCAGAGAGCUGCUGCGAGCCCCCCUGCCGCGCCCCCAGCGGCUGCGCCCCGGCCCCCUGCCUGACCCUCGCCUGCGCCCCAGUGAGCUGCGUGUCCAGCCCCUGCUGCCAACCAGCCUGCACCGGCCCCUGCACGGCCUCGUGCUGCUGGCAGUCUAGCUGCCAGCCCCCCUGCCGCACCUGCUCCCCCUGCCAGCAGGCCUGCCGUGUGCCCGUCUGCUGCACACCUGUCUGCUGCACACCUGCGUGCUGCGAGCCCGUGUGCUGUGAGGCCGCCCCCUGCUCAGCCCCCUCGUGCUGCCAGCCCACCCCCUGCCCCUCGUCCUGCCGCAGACCCUCCUCCUCCGCAGCCCUGCUCUGCCGCCCCGCCUGCUGCCCCGCCUGCUGCGUCACCGCCUCGGGCACGUCCCGCAGCUGACCGGCACAUCCCCCCAGGGCCUGCCAGGUGCUAUGGGCCACCCCCACCUCUGCCAUUGCCAGCCACCAGCCACCCUCAGGAUUUAACCCAGCACGAGCUGUGGUCUACACCUCUACAUGAGUGUGAGCUGACCUAGGACCCCAACAAGCAGGGCUUAGCCCAUCCGUAGCCUCCGGAUCAGGCCCAGAUGAACCUGAAACAGCCCUCCCCUGUUACUGCGGGUCCCCAGGUUUCUCCUGAAAGCGAUGGACACCGCUCUCCCCCCUAGUCUUUGGGGGUCUUGCUCUGCUCCGUCUCUGCCCCUCCUGCUGCUGUGUGGCCUCCCCUCCCCUCACGGGGUCUUGAGCUGAGUGGAUAAACUCUCGUCCUCCCCAGCUGGCUGUAUGUUUCAUUGCUUCGGGCCCGGGGCUGAGGUAAAUAACUCCGGCCUCAGCAGCCUUGGAGCCAAGCCAUGCCCUGGGAGCAUCUCCAAGGGAGUUGAGCUUGGAGGCCCACCCCGUCGGCCCCGAGGCCCUCGACUCCUGCGUCUGUAUCUCUGGGCGGCUCUGGGUGGCUGUGCUGUGUGUCUGAGGCUGUGGUGGCCAACGCCGCCUGGCCAGCGGCCCCUUGGCGAGAGGGACCCUUGCCCCCGGCCUGGCUCUCCCUGGUCAGCCUGAGGACGCGCAGAAGGCGGGGCCCCGCUGGCUCCUGGCCUCCUGGGACGCCGCCGAGUGGAGCAUUCCUGCUGACCACCAGCUGCGCCUGUCCCUCCAGCCCUCCCCAAACUGUGAGCUUUAUUCAGUCUUCAAAUGUCCCAACCUGCCUUGUCUGUGCCACGUAGACUAGUGGCGACGCCCCCUCCCCAGCCCCGGCUCCCGGCUGGGCGGGGAAGAGGCCAGCAGGUAGGUGACUUCCAGGGCCCACACUCUGGGGCCUGAGGGUGACCCUUGGGGCCGGUCUGGAUGGGGCCCCCAUGUUUCCUGGAGCCCCAAGCUUCCCAUGGCCAGCCCUCAUUCCUAACCAGCCUUCCCCCCACCUCCACCCUCCCCCCAGUGCCACCUCUAGCUCUUAACCCUACCCUGCUAUUGGCGUGACCCCUCCCUCCCUCCCAGGAGGCCAUGAAUUCCAGCAAGACGUUCCCCAGAAGGAGGGGGGUCAGCAGUGAAUGCCCCCUUAGCGCAGGUCUGAGAGAUCACCUGACCCUCCGGUGGUCUCCCCUGGAGAACCGGGUCCAGACUCCCUGACUGGCUUCUCCAGUGCCACUAUCCCCCGAUGGGGGUCCUCAGGGAAUCUGUCGGUGGAAGUAGGGGCCUCCUGCAACUAGAACUGGGUGGUGGAAAUGGGUACAGACAGACUAGCGCCCUACGGCCCUCCUCCUACAUUCUGGGGCUGCAGAGGGAGGUGGGAGUCCUGAACCCAGCCUCCCCUGGGGCCCCGCCCCUCCCCACCACUCUCUAGGGGACCCUG